AUGGCCAACUUCACCAACUCAAGCGUCAGGCUGUGGAAGAUCCGGCCUGCCGUCAGCUACUUUUUCGAUGCUGCCAUAUACUUUCCAAAGUCCAGCAUCAUCGCCUUCUACUACACCUUCGUCCCGCCUACCCAGCCUCACAUACGCAUGGCCUUGUAUAUCCUCGCCGCCAUCACAACCGUCAACUUUCUUGUCCCCUUUCUUGACUGUACGUUCUGUUGCGUACCAUGCAUAUGA